UGCAGUUGGGGUAAGGCGGAAGUGCUCUGCCGGCGCCAAUUGCGUUUUUUUCCCCCUCGCUCUUCUCAGCGACUUCCAAUGACUAAGGAAUUGUUUACUCGAGUUUUCUACCGUUUUAAACAGCAGAGCUGUUUAUAACACUUCGAGACGUAUCAUGACUUCAAUAACAUUGAACGGAGUGGAAGUAAGAUUUCCUUUCACACCGUAUGACUGUCAGAAGAAGUACAUGACUAAAGUGAUCGAAUGUCUUCAGAAGGAGGUUAAUGGCGUCCUGGAGAGUCCUACAGGCACUGGGAAAACUUUGUGUCUCCUUUGUGCCACCUUGGCUUGGAGGGAGCAAUUCUCUAAAAAGAAGUCUGAUGAUACUCUCUCAUCGAGUGGGACAGUCUCAGAAGAUCAUUCAACAGAAGAUAAUUCAACACUAAGUUUCUACAGUGAUGUUCCAAAGAUCAUAUAUGCAUCCCGGACACACUCACAGCUUACCCAGGUUGUUAAAGAGUUAAAGAACACAUCAUACAAACCUAAGGUUUCUGUGUUGGGGUCAAGAGAGCAGUUGUGUAUCAAUCCAGAAGUAAUGCGCCAGGAAAGCAAUCAUGCCAAGGUCCAUAUGUGUCGAGCAAAGGUCUCCUUAAGGUCAUGUUUCUUCUACAACAAGGUCGAAGAGAACAGCACUGACAAAGAAUUGGUGAAUGCUAUUGUGGAUGUGGAAGACUUGGUCAAAUUUGGCAACAAAAAAAAGGCUUGCCCUUAUUUUCUCUCACAUUCUUUAAAACAGCAGGCUGAUGUGAUUUUUAUGCCUUACAACUAUCUGCUGGAUCCAAAGAGCCGCAAAGCUCACAACAUCGAGUUGACUGGAUCUGUUAUAAUCUUUGAUGAGGCCCAUAAUAUAGAAAGGACGUGUGAAGAGUCAACAUCAUUUGACAUGACUCCAUAUGAUUUAGCCUCAGCCAUUGAUACGCUUACCAAAUUGCUGAGUGACCUUGCUCAAGAAGCCAAGUUUGGUGAUCCUUCUUCUCAAGAUUUAAAAACAAAAAUAAAGGUUGUUGCUAAUCUCAAAGAGAUUCUGCUAAAAUUGGAGGCUGCUAUUGAUUCCUUCGAUGUGGGCGAUAAAGGCAUCACCAAACCUGGAUCCUUCAUAUAUGAGCUGUUAGCGAGAGCCCAAUUGACGUACGACAACAAAGAAGAUGUGUUUAAAGCACUGGAGGAGAUCAUUGGAGACCUAACAGGAAAGCCGGGCAUAUUUAUCAAUACAAGUGGAUUGCAGAAGCUCUUGGAAAUCAUACAGAUGGUGUUCCGUGGUGACGUAUCAUCAUCGAUGAAGCGGAAAGAGGAAAUGGAAGCUAAUACAGCCUUUUUUAAGGUUCACAUCCAUCAAGACACGAGUGCUCAGAAAAAACAAAAAAAUGACCCAUGGGCUACAUCAACCAAGAAAGCAGGAAACAUUCUGAGUUAUUGGUGUUUCUCUCCAAGCUUCACCAUGAAGGACCUAAGUAAUCAACAUAUUCGCUCCAUCAUUCUGACCAGUGGUACCCUUUCUCCACUGAACUCCUUUGCCUCAGAGUUCGGAAUAAAGUUUGAAGUGUUCUUGGAAAACAGUCAUGUGAUUGAGCGGGAUCAGAUCUUUGUAAGCGUCAUUGAACAGGGUCCAGACAGAGUACCAUUGAGCUCAGCUUUUGAUAGAAGGUUUGUUCCUGAAAAUAUGUCUUCUUUAGGAAACACUGUUGUAAACCUUUCCCGAAUUGUACCCCACGGUCUUCUAUUGUUUUUUCCCUCCUUCUACUUAAUGGAAAAAACUUUGGAGUUCUGGAGAGACAAUGGACAUGCCGAUCGCAUUGAAAGUGUGAAGCCAAUGUUUGUCGAAACUAAAGGGAAGGAAGCAUUUACAGAGACUAUUAGGAGUUAUUACGACAAAGUCAGCGACCCCCAAUCUCGAGGCGGACUCUUUUCUGCAGUGUGUCGAGGAAAGGCAAGCGAGGGUUUGGAUUUUACUGACACAUUUGGACGGGGUGUUAUCAUCACUGGACUCCCCUUUCCACCCAAGUUAGACCCUCGAAUCAUUUUGAAGACGCAAUUCUUAGAUGAAAUGAGCCAAAAAAAAUUGCCCGGCCAGAAGUUCCUUACAGGGAAGGAGUGGUACAAAGAGCAGGCUUACAGAGCGGUCAACCAGGCAAUUGGCAGAGUCAUUCGCCACAAGGAUGACUAUGGAGCUAUCUUCUUGUGUGAUCAGAGGUUUAAAAACAGAGAAGCACAAUCCUACCUUCCAUCAUGGGUGCAGCCUUCUGUGCGUUUUUAUGACAACUUUGGGAACAUUGUCCGUGAUGUCUGCCAUUUCUUCAGGGUAGCACAGAAAAUGAGGCCCGUGGUGGAGAAGAACCCUGCCUCUGAUCCCUCAGCGUUUGCUGCCAGCAGUUCUCUGUCGUCAGUCCCUCAGUGCUCUGGUUCUUCUUCUUACACACCAUCCCAGAAACCAUGCACUCAGAAAGCCAAAAUGCUGGAUAUGCACACAUCCACUCUAAAAAGAAGGAGGGAUGAAGAUGCUGGAUAUGCGAGUAUGUUUAAGCAGUAUGAGUCUCAGACUGAAAAGAGUAAAAUUAAACCAGGUAACCUGUUUGAUGCACUUGAGCGAAUGGAGCACCAAAUAGGAGCCAAUGGGACUUUGGGAACAGUGACGCAAAACCAUUUGUCCACACUGUCACUUCAAUACGACAAGACGAUGGAUGAGAUGAUGCAUGGAGGGAAACGCAAAAUAAAAUUGGUCCAAGAAAAGAAGCCAAGUGUUUCUGGGGUUGUUCCUGGUGAUGGGAAAAACUACGCUAGGACCUUCCUGGAAGAAAUGAAAUCAUCGCUCAGCCAGGUCAACUUUGAGCAAAUUCGCCAGGCUCUGUAUUUAUACAAGAAAAAUGACAACCUGGACAAUCUGCUGCUAGACACGUCUUUAUUAACCCAUGACCCUCAUACUUACAGACUUUACCGGGGUUUAUACCCAUUUAUACGAGCACAUCACAAGGAGACAUUUGACAAGAAAUGCCUGGAGCUGACUGGUACUGGCUGUGGAUACAAACCGGAAGACUCGCUGUGCAAAGAUGAGAAGAGAAAAAAGAUGCCGCAAAGUGAUGAACAACCCGGUGGGCUUUCAUCGUCCAGUUCCAGUUUUACACCAAGUACGCAACUGAAUGUAGAUCAAUUCAAACGUGGAGAGCAGCAAGGUCCUCAAGAAACUCAGACCGGCACUGAUCCAAAGAGUCAAGUCCAAGCUGCCUUUCUGGCUGAUGUGAAAAAAGCUCUCGGUCCAGAGGGAUCAGCUCAACUCUAUCAAGCUGUUAAUGCGUACAAGAAGACGGAUAACUAUGAAAAUAUGGUGACUGCGGCCGUGGCCUUGUUCACAGAGAAAGAUGAAAACUUCAGCCUUUUACUCAGAUUUGAAAAUAUCAUUCGCCGUCAUCAUAAGAGGCAGUACAAAGAGAUGUUGAGAGCGUUGAUGGGUCAGGGUGCUGACACUGUCCCUGCACAAGCAGAUGAGACAAAAACUGAGGAAAGACAAUCAAGCGCAUGAUUUUACUUCAAAAUAUGUUUGCUGAAUAAUUCUGUUUUUUUUUUACAUA